GACCGGACCCCACAUGACUUGAGCAUGGGCUCCGUGCAACACUGUUCUUUGAUUUACGGAAAUGUGAUAGGAGGAUCAGCAGUUGAAGGGGUUUCAGAUCUUUCCUCGCCCGGGGUUUAUGGGCUCGAUGAUUAUCACAAGGCCGUGAUUGAGGAGGGAGAUGAGUCGGAGAAGAGUAGUGCCGGGUUUGUCAAGCCGUAUGUCAUGAGCCAUGCUUCUUCCAUUUCUGGUGCCAGCAGUGCAAAUUGUAACGCAAUUCGGCCUAUGAAUUAUCAACCCCAGGAAGCUCAUUCUGUGAUAACCUUCAAAACCAGGUAUGAGAAUUUCAUGCACAACAGUGGAUCUUUGCUUAGCUUUGAGCAAAAUGAGAGGGGUUCUCAGGUCACUUACACCAAGGUUUGCCACGAAGAUGACUACUCCAAUUGGGAAGAUAAUUUGAAUUACGAUUACCAAAAUCAACUCAACCCAAAGUUGAACUCCAACCCUCGGCUGUUGGAGGAUUUCAACUGUUUUCCGGCCAGCAGCUAUGGCUCCAUGAGCGGUAACACCCCAAAAGAAAACCAACAUGGAGAAGAGUCAUUUGGGUGGAUAUACACUGAAGCAACCGCAGUCACUGAUAGCAUUCAGGAGUCUGCAACAAAAGAAUCAUGCUUCCAUAAGCGCCCCCAUAUGGGAGAGACCAUGCAAGCUCUAAAAAGGCAGUGCACAGCUGCAACAAGGAAGUCCAAACCAAAGUCAAUUCCACCCAAGGAUCCACAAAGCCUCGCAGCCAAGAAUCGACGAGAGCGGAUCAGCGAGCGGCUAAAGAUACUGCAAGAUCUGGUACCAAAUGGUUCCAAGGUUGAUUUGGUGACCAUGUUAGAGAAAGCCAUUAGUUAUGUCAAGUUCCUCCAAUUGCAAGUGAAGGUGCUGGCAACCGAUGAAUUUUGGCCAGUGCAGGGUGGAAAGGCUCCUGAUAUCUCUCAAGUGAAGGAAGCCAUUGAUGCCAUUCUGUCAUCCCAGAGAGACACAAAUUCAAGCUCAAAGUGAAGAAAAGAAGAAGAUGAAGAAGAAGAAGAAGAAGAAGAAGAUUAAAAUAAUAUUGAUGGAUUAUUUUGUCUUUCUCCUGAAGAUCUUGUAAUGGAAUUUUGCAUUCUCAGUCACAAUGAGAACUGAGACUCUCACAACGUCCCACUUCCAUUUACAGAGA